UACCAAUAGAAAUAUAUCAUUAUAGGUUAAUAAUUACGACAUACAACAUUGGCAUAGUUCCCUAUUUAAUUUGCAAAAUUACUCUAAGGCGCUUUACAGUACAUGAAUAAUAGUAUUCUAACAGUGACCGUUAUACAUAUAGUAUAUAGAAAGGGUCUACAAAUCAGCAUUUUACAUCAGGUAAAAUUAAAAUUAUCGCCAUAUGCAUAUAAACAUGCAUACCUAUAUACAAGUGAACUGAUGUCUCUUUGCUUCAGCUCCACAUUGAGGACGAGUACCUGGAGGGUGGCCGGAGACUGUCGAUCGAAGGCUAUCUAAAAGGACGAAGGAGAUCCUCUAUGCGUAGGGGAAGCAGCAUCCUGGACCAGUCACAGCUACAGAAAGGUAGCAUCAAGCCGAAAAAUCCAUUUGAGAUUUACUCAUCUGAGCCACUGUGGGAGAAAUACGAAGAUCAACCAGAUAUUCCGGAUAGAUGGCGAGGCAACACUAUAGAUAAGGGAUCACUCUAUUCAUUGAAGAAAGAACAAAUUGCUGGACGUGAGUUACCGUUCCUGGUCAACCAUCUAGUGAAAAAAGACGAAACGAAUGUCAUCAACAAUGUGGAACAAAAGCGUGAGAGGGACUACAUAUCUCGUAGUCAUUUGACGGACAACACCCAAACCAAAUUCAAUCACGCUGUGCUCAAGCACUUUUACAAAGCUCCAGCUCCUCGCGCACAUCCGGGAUACGGUAUGCCUAGACCAGAAACAUCCGAACAGAGUCCCUUUCGUCUCUUAAUGAAGGACUUGGAACGAGAUCCGAGUGUCGUGGCCAUAAGCAAUUAUCCGUCCCUGACCGUUCCUCCUACUUGUUCUAAAUCUGUGGGAUUUUGUGAAAUCCUAGGACCAAGUGCAUGCGCUCUUUGCAUUGAAGGUUCAAAUAGGUUUAUCGGUGAAGAACUCCAGAAAAUUAUCUUUCCGGAAAUUGAGAUGACGGCAGCUAAACUUGUACAACCAAAACUUGCCAAGGUAAUGCGUGAAGGUCAUAUGAAUCAGAUGAGGAAACGUAGGCUGCGCGAGCUCCAUUUCCCCGCGUUCCUGUUACCCCUUAAGAGACAGGAGUCCAACCUGCUGGGGAAGAAAAUGUCUGCCCUAAGAAGGGAACGCUCUAAGCUGAGCUCGGGUCCUUCCAAGCACAGUUCCUAUAGUGUUUCCUCUCGAACAACACAUCUCUCAGCCGUCCACGAGGAGAAAGCCUGACGCGUUCCGGUUGCCGCAACACAUAUUUAUCUUAAGAAUAAGAAUCUCAAACUUUCCGAGAUUCUAUUGCGCAAUGCCAUUGGUCACAGUAUUGAUAAGAGUAUACUUGACUUCCUUACAUGUACUGAACAAUACAAACAUGAGUAAUCAAUAUCAUGUUUCGUCGACCCAAUAUGAACUAAACCAGAUGACUUAAGGGCGAGUUUACAUCCUCAUAGAAAUUAAGGUUAAUAUCAUUAUCCCUUGUUUCCUUAUGAACACAAGCUAUUUGUCAUAGAAUGGAGAAUAUUUGAAUUACGGAAAUACUCUGUCCACGAGUUGAAAUACACAUUUAAUGUUCAUAAAGAAUCAAGUGAAAUAAUGUUACAUUUUCAAAUGAUAUUUCAUCGACCAUUUUAUAAUGUCGACACUAUUAAAUUACUUGGAUUUCUUUCUUUUUAUUUUCCGUCAGUAAUUUACUGUGCAAAAUAAAAGCAAGAUGUUGGUAGUAGAAAAAAUAUUCACUUUAUUUUGAUAAAACCCCAUUGUCACUGGUAAAUGUGUAUUAUUUGAGAUUAUCCAUAAAUUAACACCUCUGUUGAUCUCUUCAUCCCAUUUGUGGUUCAACCUGCAUUUUUGUUGUCAAUGUUACAAGGCUGCUUUCAAUCUGUUGAUGUCCAACGGGAGUGAAUAGGAGAGAUAAACGGGAAAGUGAAUCUAAAACAUCUUAAACUCACUGCACUUUAUCAGAGGCGUAGCGAUCAGCUGAUCAAUGUAAGCCGUUAAAUCAACACAUACACACAAACGUAUGGGAGAAUGAAAUCAUUCUAUAAAUAGACAAAGACCAUGAAAAC